AUGUCAGCGAGCACCAGCAAGGUCUCCGCUAAAAUACGGGCUUUAGAUGCCUCUCUGGACGAGCUCGAAGCGAAACUAGAGCCCUUGUUCGCGCAAACACUGCCAGAGGCAGUGGUCGGCUUGGAGAAGAUCCAGCAAGCAAAGCUGCAGGUCGCACUGCCUUACCUGGUGUACGACCUGAUUUUCAGUGCGUCGAUCACGCCUUUAUACAGAACACAGGUCUCAAGUGUCUUUGCCGAAGUCUAUCUCAAGACAAGAGGGGUGGACCCUAAGACUCAUCAUGUUGUUCAAGAAUUGGACCGAGUGCGCCAGUACUUCGACAAGAUAAAAAAUGCAGAAGACCCAACGAAGCAGAGAAUGGCCAUUGACAAGGGGGUGGCAAACCGAUUUAUCAAGCAUGCCAUAGCACAGGUGAAAGUUGGAAGACCCCCAGGUCAAGACGAAGGGACAUCCAUUCAGCGCAACGACGUCCGUGUGCCUGUAAAGAUCACUAGUAAAAUGGUCGCUCGUGCUGAAUACGAAAAAGAGCUGAAGGACAUGGACGAUGAGGAAGAAGACGACCUGAAGGUGAUCGACGAUGCCGAAAGCGACGCGUCCGGGAAGAGCAGCAACCCGAGAAAGAGCAAGGGUAAACAACGCGCUACCGAUGAAGUUGCCAUUGUUGUGGAUCCCGCAGCCGGUCAAAAACGCCAACGACUAAUAGCAGAUCCAUUCGCUGGUUAUGACGAUGAGUCUGAGGAUCCCCCAGCGAAAAGAAGUGCGAAGUCGUCCCCCACCGUUAGUGACAUUGAUACGCCAGGCACCUCUAGGUCUGGCACCCCGCAAACAGGGUCCGACGCGACUUCUGCUAAGACGAAGAAGCGCACUGCACAGAAAAAAGCACGGAAGAAAGCCAAGCAGGUGGCGGCUAUGAACGCAUGCACCGCGAGCUAA